UCCGCGGAUGCGUGUCGCGCCCGGCUUUCCUCCUCCAUCGCGUGUUCGUCGAAGUUUUGUUUUGAUCGCGAAACACGACAUCCCGGCCUUUGCGCGGACACUCUCUCGGUGAUAAAUUGUGCUACUCCUUCCUCAAUCCAAGCUUUAUCUCGACUAUUUCGCGUGUUUAAUUAAUAAGACCGAUGUGUGAAUUCAUUCCGUUGAUCGGAUGACAAGUUUGUGAGGUGUCCCGUUGGGGACCCAAGUGUUUUUGCUCAAGUGUUAUGCUGUGAAUGUUUAUUUAUACUCUUGGUGUUUUGAGUUGUUUCCCGGGGGUUUCGUCAUGAACGAGGUUUCACCUGUGCGAAUUUGAUGUUUUCCAGGGUGUCAGGUGUCGCGUUCCUGGCGGUUGGAUUGUCUUGCGAGGGGUGGAGUGUUCCUAGGAAGAUGCAUUCGGCGCUCCGAUGGUGUCUCGCUGCCACCUGCUUCCUCCUGUCUUCAGUGCAAGGAGCGCAUCAAAUGGACAUGUCGGGACUCGUUGGAGAAACGGUGCGACUGCCCUGUUCGGUGAACACGGAGCGGUGCGGCGACCUGCACAGCAUCAAAUGGUACCGCGGCUCCUCCAGGGUUUUCGUCUUCAGCGAGAUGGCCAACAUCGCCAAGGCCGAAGGAGACUACGCUGAAAGAUCCGAGCUCAUUUACUUUCCGAACAGCACCGACUCUUUUUUUCAAAUCCAGAACGUAGAGAUUGCAGACGAAGCCAUGUACAAGUGCGAAAUCACGUACUUGGAAGUGAGGGAAAACUGCCAAGUAGUCCAAUUCAUCAAUUUCACGACACUGAUAAAACCUGAAUACAUCCGGAUAACGCGAGGGGAUGGUCACGAGUUGCAAAAUUCCACCCUGAUCGGCCCCCUAAGCGAAGACGAUCAGCUAACGCUGAUUUGUGAGUCGGGAGGUGGCAAACCAAUCGCCGCUGUCCACUGGUACAACGGCACAGAGAAAAUGAACUCCGAGUACGAGAUGGAACUUGGUUCAAACGGAGUGGGGACCGGUCGAAAUCGAGCCGAAAUGACCCUGACCCGGGGUGACCUCGGGGCCAAAUUCGAGUGUAGAGCCUCGAACGAUGCUCUAGAAUCGCCACUCAUCUCGUGGAUAGAGGUCGACGUCAACGUGAGGCCGCUAAGAUUAGAGCUGAGUGGUGUAGAGAACCACGUGGUCUCAGGGACCAAAGUCGUUCUUCAGUGCCUUGUGACUGGCGCCAGGCCAGCCGCCAACGUCACGUGGUUCAAUGGCACUCAGAUGGUAUCCACGGACGUCAUAGAAAGCAACAGUGUUCAGACGCCCAAAACAAGAGUUAUCGCAACACCGGAUGGAACAUACGCAACGCAGAGCCAACUCAUGUUCCCGGCAAGUCGCUUCGAGAACGGGGAGACUCUAAGCUGCGAGGCGAGCAAUCAGGUCAUGAGGGAUCGAAACGAACAGCCCAUGCGUAGUGCUCUUACGCUCGAAGUCAUGUAUCCUCCAAUCGUGAAUGUGACCCCGGAGAGCAUCAAAGUUAACGAGAGCACGGACAUCUUGCUCUUUUGCCUGUACGAAGCGAAUCCAGCCACGCUCAAAACCGUCCGAUGGUUUCGGAACGACCAAGAGGUGGAUAUAAACUCGGACCACUACGAAGGAGGCUCAGUGGACCAACCAACGCUGCUCAUCAAAAACUCGACGCGACACGAUCACGGCAUCUACACUUGCGUCCUCGAAAACGAAGUCGGAGUCUCCGAAUCUAUAAACGCCAUCAACGUCUCUAUUCUUUUCAAGCCGGUGGUGAGGCUGCUGAUGGAGCCGGCGACUCCGGUGAGCGAGCUGACGCGGGCGAACAUCACUUUGGUCUGCCAGGUGGAGGCCGGGAACCCCUCGCAGCUCCAGGCGGUCAAGUGGUACCUGGACGGGGAGCUGCUCAAGGAACUCCCCGACUGCGACAACAACACCGCCAACUGCGACAUCGACCCGAGCAAACUUCUCCUCCAGAUCGUCGAGCGGACCUUCCACGGCAACUACUCCUGCAUCGGCAUGAACGAGGCCGGCUGGGGCCCCCUCUCGCCCAACACCGAGCUCAUCGUUUACUAUCCCCCAGGGCCAGCAACACUUGUAUACGAGCCGCGGCGGGUGGUGAAGAACGGUGCAGUAACAUUAAGCUGCAGUGUGGAGGAUGUCGGGCGGCCAGAGUCAACAGCUUUUCGCUGGAAACGAGGCAACCAUAUUGUGCCAGAUGUCACCAGUGGCAACUGGUCCAUUGAGCUGGUCACUCUCGAGUCUGAGUCCAAUUUUACGUGCUACGCUGUUAAUGAGGGUGGUGAUGGCCAGCCUGCAACAACAUAUAUCGAUGUACUGGCUCCUCCUGCAUUUAUUGAAAGACUACCUCCUUAUUAUGGAGCUCUAAUCAACGCUCAACACAUUAGCAUAUCCUGCCGGGUGGAAUGUUCACCCAGAUGCUCAAUAAAUUGGUUGAAAAAUGGACGACCAAUUGAUUUCCGGCCUGGUGUGCCAUCCAGGUAUAUAAUCAAGAAUACCGAGAUGGAAGCGGAACCCAGGUCUAAUGAUUUUGAGUCCACUCAUUCGGUGCUCAUUUGGAACAUGACGGCAUGGCCCGGCGGUCAGUUGGAUCCAAUUUACGAUAAUGUCAAUUACACAUGCCAGUCAACAGGGAACUCAGUUGGAGUCGGCGUAAAAAGUACAACGUUUUUUGGCAUCGAGUAUCCUCCCGACAAUUUGACGGUUUCAAAUAGAGUUGUGAAUGUGAUCGAAGGGAAUGUGCCUGAAAAAGUAGUUUGCAAUGCUAAAGCAUACCCUGAAGCAUCAUAUCAUUGGAAACGAGAGACUGAACCCUCAAGCAUUGUCAUGAAAGGCAAUGCGCUCAUUUUGAACUACGCAAUCGCAAAGAAAGAUGGCGGCAACUAUAUUUGUGAAGCCUACAACAGACACGGAAAUAAUACUAUUAAAACUUAUGUUAAUGUUAUGUACAAACCGGAAUGUGAUAUUUUCAAAAGUGAAGUUGACGGGAAGGUAGUUUUAUAUUGCAAUGCUCAUGCGAAUCCUUCGGAGGUGGACUUCACAUGGAAGAUAAAGAACGAGAACGAAUCUAUUAGUGAGAAUGUUGAGAAAAAGGGAUUACAAAGCAUUUUAACCCUGGAAACUCGAGUAGAAAAUUUUAGAACUUAUUUAUGCUAUGUUAACAACUCCGUAGGGAUGUUAACAAUACCUUGUGAAGUAGAUGUUUCUGCUCACGAGGAAAAAAGUAGUAAAUUUCUUGACGCAGGGAGCACGGCCUGGUGGCGAGCCUUAGAACAAGAAAAAAUGUUGAUACUUUUAGCAAUAAUAAUCAGUGCCAUACUGAUGGUACUCAUCAUCUGUGUUGUGAUCAUCAUAGUUUGUCGACGUAAGAGACAUUCGAAUAAAUAUAAUAACCCAGUGGAAAUGGAGGAUAGGCAGAAUCCCGAAGGUAACUCAGCCCCCCCGCCAAUUCUGGUCUCACCCAAGUGGCCACUGAGGCCUGGCGUUUUGGUGCACACCAAAGCGCCACAUAGUCUGAGCGUAGGGCGCCUGCCGUCAGCUUCCUCGCUUGCGCUCAACAGUAGCGCCAACUCUCGAAACUCUGUCCAGGCUCCAGAGCCGAACAAUAAUGGGAGGCCUGGCUUGGAGAAACAACGGCGGAGACAAACCCGCGCUAGCAGCUUGGCAGACCUUAGCGGUGAGAAUCAGCACAGCCGUGCCAACCGGAUAAAACAUAUGUUUAACACUGAUACAUUUCCCGGCGUUUUCCAGAACGCCUCUGGAGUUGUUACGUUUAAGAAGCUGAACGAUUCACCAAAGCAACCACUUUCGAGGAAACGCAAAAAAUCAGGUCCGAAUCCAUCCAGUACUACCGAUAAGUCAAAUUUAAAUUCAUCUCCUAGUGAUGCGCUGCUAUCGCCGGAUAAUGAUAAAGCAUUCUAUGAAAAUCUGCCCUUCCAUGGCCUACAAAAGCCUCCAAACGCAACUAACACUUUGACAACCGCCACCGGCACUAUCAGCCGCUCACCCUCCCAACUGAGCCAGUACGGAGGCUCAUCAGGCUAUGGGUCAACACGGAGCCAACUAGGACCACACUUAGCACAGUCUAACUCCACUGUUCCCUUAUCCGAAGAUAAUAAAUUCAGCUCACUGCGGACCAAACGCUCAAGAUUGGACUGGCCUCAGUUCCGCUCUUUGCGGAUCACGUGUAGAAACAAACACAUGCGUCCCAUCAAAGAGUCCUGCUCAAAACCGUCCCUCAAAGACCCCGAAAUAGAUGCCUUGGCUAAUGGCACCCCUAAUAAUUUAAGCAAAGAUAAGAGUUUAAGUAGUCAUGUCGAGAAAAGCGGCUCAGGAGCUAAAGUUUCGGCCACGGUAGCUCCAACCCCAAGCGUUGCCCCGCUGUCUGGCUCAAGUGGGUUAGCGCCACCCAAACCGCCAGCUCCACCCGUGCCCGCUCCUCGCGCUGUAAUUAGUCAACAAACCAAAAGGUGCAAUACUAAACAUACCUACCAAAAUAUUCCUAUUCCGAUCACGCCAAAUAACAGUAGUAAUAUCGAGCCCAUGCAUUCUAACGAGCAUAACCAGGCUUUACAUCACAAACUAAACUCUCACUCAACUCUAGAUAUGCAAAGGCCUAAUUUACCUCAUAGUCUAACAAACGGGCGGCAAAUCUCAUCGCUGAAAAAGCCCAAAUCUCAGCGAAGUCUCAAGCAUAGCUCAAGUCGAGACGAAUCUCUGCUUCUACCUAGUUAUUUAAAUACACCCCCGCCUCCACCCUAUCAUAAUGGCUCCAUUGUUUACGCAGACCUGGCCUUGUCCAGGCAUCGCGUCAAGUCAUUGCAGUCAAUCCCGAUGUAUCAUAUGGAGUACACUGCCAUCAAAUUUCAUGAUGUCGGCAAAGAAAUUGACGUUUGAGCCAUUCAAGCCUGAACUCACUGAUCUAGACUACGCAGAUGUCGAUUAUCGAUCCUACGGACCCAUCAAUUACAAGGCAGCCUCAUUAACCAACCAGAACAACUAGUCAAGAAAGCAUUGAACCAUAAGCACGCAAUUGAGAAAUUGUAAUGGUAACUUCAAUGGCUACUGUAGCAGUAUUGAUUCUUUAAAACUUUGUAGAGAACCUGUGAAAGAAUUGAGGGCGAGGAAUAAAUUCAUAAGAUCAAAUAAAAUACAAUAACUCAAAGGAAUCUGUUCAAAUUUACGAACAAAAAAAAACUUUUUCUCAUGCAUUUAGAGUUCAGAGGGUGCGUAGUAAGUUCGUGUUUUCUCUUGUUUUGAGUUAAGUUAAACAAAUAUUGUAUUCUACAUGAAUGACUCAUUAUUUUUAUCUUAAUAUGGUAUCCCUCUCAAGUUAUCACAUUUGGUGGAAAUUAUUUCAAUUCAACCGUAAAGCCAAAUGACUCUUGCUUUUCUUCUUGAAUUUACCGUUCAGUUUAAAGCAACACUUUAAUCAUGAAUGAUUAAAAGAUAAUGAAAAAUCCAAAUAUUUUUUUCACCUCAAAAUGCAUGAAAAAAAGGUUUUCUAAUUUGUGGAUAUUGAGAUUUGUUUGCAUAAAUUUUACGGUUUUUUUUUCCACCUGCUAAGAAAGUCUUUUCCUAACAUUGCCCUCAUAUUUCUCAUCAAAUCUUCAAUCGAAAAAAAGUGAAGAAACUAAUCAAAAUUUUUGAUUUGACUUUCACUUGCAUGUGAGACAUGAGAUAUCUUACGAUCUUUAAUUCAAACUUCUUGCUGGCCGAAAAACUACUCAAUCUAAAAUCUACUCAAAUUGAAAUGGGCACUUUUUGAGAUGAACCAAUGUAAUUUGCUUCUAAAAUAAAUAAUUUCCUCAGUGAGAUGAAUUGGACGUUUAUUCGCUAAAAGUAUUUGGGUGCAACAUAGUUCCUUUUAGCAUAAAUAUGUAAAAUUGUCUUAUAUAAGUUUUCAAAUGUACUGCAUCAGAGGGAGGAGAAUCUGUUGUGAUACACAGCCUUUGUUUUUGUCACAAUGAUGAGUUUCUUUUCAACGGCUCUUUAUGGCUCCGUUGAAUCUGCUUUUUCCGACCAGGAAGAAGUUUAAAUUGACUUGUUUUUAUUUAAAGAAUAAAAGCUAAUGUUUCACAAGUUGAUUGUAAAAAAAUUUCAAAUUUUAACUAACUAUACAGGACUUUUUGAUGAUGUCUAGAAAUGCCACAGUUUUAAUCUAAUGGUCUGUUAUUUUGACCUGUGGGACUCGUCUCUUAUCUUUUCUUUCAACAGGUUUUCAUCAAGUCAUACGUGUUUUGGUGUGUUUCUCAAUGUAUUUAUGAGUAAGCCCAAUAACUUUGUUAACCUUUUGAGCGAGGUACAAUUUCUCUUUCUGAUCGAUCGGAACACAUCUGUUUCUGCCGAUUUCAUGAAAAUUGAGCCUUUGUUAUGUAGUGAAUAAUAUCAUAACGUGAGAGAAAGUGUAAAGCUUAUUUUGUUACUCUUUUUUAUCGAAUGCUUUUAACAUUAGUUUUGUAUCUUUUGAUUUUUCGGUGAUACUUCUGCUCUACUCCCCUCUCAUUAAGUACUAUUUUCUUCUAACUUCCUCGUUUUUUUUGUGAUUUUUAAAAAUCAAAACUAGGUCAAAAAGUUAAUUAUUGUUAUUUAUUUGUAAAUUUAUGUAAAUUUUGAUGCUUUGGCUAUUUAGUGUUCUCCAUCCCACUUCGGUUGGAUUUGAAUGCAAAAAUCAGCCAAAUUACAUAGGUAUACGCAAUUGAAUAGCGCAUUUUGAGGAUUCAAGUAAAAGUCUUUGUCAGUUUGCAAAUUUCAAAAACUAAGAAUCAUCUCUGAUUGCUUAAAUGUUCUGUUCAUUUUUAGUCUGAGGAAAAUGAGGGAAGUCACUAAAGCAAUGAAGCCCACAUGUGUUUGAGUGCUCCCAGGACCAAUCACAAUGCCAAAGAUUAAUUUAAUUUGAGAUUAGUAAUCGAAUGAUUCCUCUCGUAGCUUCACUACCUGGACUGAGUUGAAUAUUUUUAUCUAUCUGUACAGUCAUUGUAAAUAGUAAAUCAAGAUAUUAUAUAGGGUGAUCCAAAAGUCUGGUAUCUCCACCAACUCUAAGUUUUGAACGAAUUAAGGCAAGAGACUUGAAAUUUUUUUGAUGCUCCUGUAUCAAAGGAACCUACUUUUGGGACCUCCCCCCCCCCCACAAAAAAAAUUAAAGGGGAUCACCCUGAAAAAGAACAAGGAACCUUGGGGUUAUAGAGGUGCGGUAGGACUUUUGGAUCACCCUGCACAGCAACUGCAACUUUGUACCUGUUUGAAAAGGUUUUUCUUCUUUCCGCAACCUUUUUUUUUCCUGCCUGCUUUGUCAUGAUUUUUAGAUUAUUCCUUAAGUUUGCGUUAGUUUAUGUACUCCACUCUUUCCUUGUUUUUGCAAAACAUUUGUUUUUCUCCUUUCAGAAUGAAAUCUAUUAAAUUGUCUCAGAAAUUUCUGAAUUUGACUCACUUUGCUAAAUAAGUUUUAAUUAUACUAAUUAUUUUUCCACCCCUGUCUUUUUUCCCCAAAAGUCAAAUCAAGGAAAAGAACUACAGAAAUUAAACUCGUCCUAAGUGGAAGUUUUAUCUAAUUUAAAUCAGAAUGGAUUUGAUACUAGACUCGAUACCUUUUUUAAUUUUUUACUAAGUUGCCUUCCUUUUCUUGUAACUAUGUAUUUUAAAUUUUGAUACUUGUAUAUUGAAACUAAAGUCUGUAUGUACUGUAAAUUAUUGUACGUAGUUUUCUUGUUAAGCCUUGUGAUCAGUAGGUAUAUGGCGGUGCAUUCACUUAAAAUUCUGUUUGUUGGCAUUAGCACAAAUUCUCAUUUUUGUGCAAGGUAAAAAUUUCCAUUUAACAUCCAAAGUAUCCUGCACAUAUUUCCGCUGUUGAAAGCCGAACAACUUUUCAGGUUGAUUGUGCUUAACUUUUAGGCUGUCAAGAAUUAAUGAAGAAACGAGUUGUUGCAGUUUGAUGUCAAGCUUUGUCCUUACGAUCACUAUGAAUUUCAACUAUUAAAUCUCGGUCGUUAUUUUAGAUUUUUGAUUUGUAUUCGUCAAGUUUCAAAUAUUUUCAUUUCUGCCCGCCCGUAAUGUGAAAUAAUUGAGGCGCUGAGUGUGAGAAGGACCCCUUUUGGUUGUGGUGUUUUAGAAUCUCUGUUGCUAUAAUCUAUGUCCUCGAGGAGAAUCCACAAAGAGAUUUUUCUUGAAUUUUUUUCCUGCAGAACAUUGUGAAAUCAUGGAGAAUAUUCUGUAAAAAUUGUAUUAAAAUGCAUGCAUCCUCUUUCUUUAUUAUCGAGAAAAUAUUAGUAGAGACUCUGAAAUGUCACAACCAAGAAGUAACCUUUUUGCACCCUGGGCUUCAAGUGAAGAUUUUUUUAGUUUAGUUUAGUUUCAAGUAAAGAUUUAAAACAUUAAUGAAAAUGACAAUCAAUCAUCUCUAUGGCUCCAAGUUUCUGUUCAUGAUAUAUGAGGUUUUCUUUUGUUUUUAUUUAUUUUUUACCAUCUCUCGCCCCUUUUUCUCAGUGACGAAAUUGUCAAAAAUUGACUAUUUGAACAGUUGCCUCCCUCUGUUGCUCAAUUGAUUAAAACUCGAUUUUGUGUAAGAAAUCAAAAUUUCAAGCACAGCUGAUGAUUGCCAACUGGCUCUCUUCUUUUUGAUUUGUUGUUAUUAUUAUAUAAUCUAAAAUUCGACACUUGACUCAUCAAGACUGAAGUCCCUCAUGAAUAUCCGCAAAAAAUAUGGCUGUACAAUCACUGUACAUACAAGACCAAUUUUAUCAGCUGUAGCAAACAAGAGAACAGUAUCUCUAUACCAAUGCUUUAGCCCCUCUAGAAAAAUAUUUAUUCUUUUAAAAGUUGCUGUUAUUUUCUGUUACUAAUUUUACUAAUUUUGUCAACCAUGUCCUCUUUACAGCUUUUAAAUCAAACAAAUGUGUUAAAUUGGAUCCCCUCUAACGAGACAAAAUCCAUUCUUAAAUAAACAUUGCUGUCAAAAAACAAACGAAAGUGAAACAAGGAAAAUGUGUUUCUUGAUCUGCAAUGUUUUGAAUCUUUGGUAACAGUUUUAAUUUUUUAACUUAUGCACAAUUUUUUGUUUACUCUAUGAAAUGUAUUUUCUGAAGUAUCCAUUAAUUUUCUGUCAAAAGAAUAAAAUACAAAGAAAGAGUAAAUCUUGGAAUAAGCCAUCAAAACUCUUUGUUCUUAGUUUGAUUGACAAUAUCUGUGCUUGCUAAAUGAUGAAGCACCUUAUAUUAAUGUCAGUAUCACUUUAAACUAUGAUAUACAAAGACUUUAUAUGUUUUUCCUGUUUUUCACUCGUUUGUCAUUUUUUACUCGUUGAUUUAACUUUUUUCAUUUACUGUUCACUGUGCUCUCUAAGGACAAGCAUCGGCCUGAAAUCAUAUAGUUGCUCUCACUUCUUUAUGCAUGUGAUUCACGUUAAAUUUCAGAAGGAAUCUUCGAGUUAAGCACGUUUUUCUCCGAACCAACCAUGCUAGUAUUCGAAAUAUUUGAUAAAAAGCAGAAAAAAUUACAUCAGAAAAUUCUAGAAUUUGAUAUUAAUAUGUUCAGCACCACGGCCUUCACCAGGAAAAAUUAGAGAACAGAUACACCUCUCAUCUCUCUCUGUACUCCUUUACUCCUCACCAAAUUCAGUAUUGACGGCUGAACUGAGAAACCACAUAUUCCAUUACAGAGCCAUUGAGCUCACCAUACUGAUUUAGUGUUGAAUAAAGAAAAAAUAAUUACAUUUCUCUGUCUGAAAUGUUGCAAAAUUCCUGUUAUACUUUAUUUUCUAACAAUAAAACUAAUCAACGUCAGUUUUCAAAAAAUUCUGUUAAUAAUCUCUGUUGGAAAAUUAUUCUGUUAAAAUUUCAAGCAGUUAAAUUGCCUCAGUUUCUCUUUGGGGGAAUUAAGUAGGAAACGUUUAAGUCUGGCAAACAGGAUGUGUGGUUUCUAAAGUGAACCAUCAAUGUGUCUCUGAUUUGAAUGUGGCUACUACAGACAUCCAUUAAGAACAUGGGAAACAUGUUCCCACAAGCCAAUCAAGACUGUUUGGAAAGAUGAAAACAAUGAGAGAAAAUAAAAUACAAAUAUAAGAGUGAAGGCUGCAAAAAUUUGUUUUCAGGUCUCCCGUAUUAAUGGUAAAUAAUUUUUCCAAUAAUAAUAACACAAGUGCUGUUUCAUGGUGCUCCAAGCGCAACUUGUUUGAUUCAUAUCGACGGCCCUGUUGAGCACCUACCAAUGUAUUUAAGAUUGUAAGGAAGGAGAGAAGGCUGGUUUCUUUUUUAACAUUUUCUGUUCACAGAAAUAUGUGUUUGAUCCAAUCUCUUGUAAACUAGUGUAUUUUAAUUUAACUGUUGAAUAAAAUUUUGUUGAAAUCUG